AUGUCGUAUCCACCGUCUAAGCGACAGCGAUCGAACACGUCGCGGGAAUCUGUCGGUAACACUGCGCAGACCACAGCUCCCGCCCUCCGACAUGUGCAAGUCGCCCAGGGCCUCAACUUGUACUCGGCUACGGGAUACGAGAAUGGCGGCUAUUCCCUCCAACCUACCACCCGCCAUCCUAUCGGCUACAACCCUUAUGCUACCGGCACGGUAACAAACCCGACCGGCGGAUAUGGCGGAGCAUACCAGACUUCCUCGGCAGCAUACGGCGCUGGACCAUACAGUCCCCAACAACAGGCUAACAGUUUCGCGGCACAUUACUCUCAGGCUCCCCCCAAUGGGCACAUGAACUCUCAUGCUACACAUUACGCCCAGGCAGGCGUCAAUGGAAUUCGGAACGGGAACUUUGCAGAGACACAGGCACAGGUACAAGCACAAGCACAAGCACAAGCACAAGCUCAAGCUCAGGCACAAGCUCAGGCACAGGCACAAGCUCAGGCACAGGCACAGGCACAACAAUCACUUUUACAAGGACAGUCACCACAACCAGGAACAGGUGGAACGUAUUCUCCCAUACCGACGAACCACCACCCUCAAAGUUAUUCUCAACCGCGCGCAAAUUCUCAGACCUCGACAAUACAGCACCCACAACAUCAUCUAUCGCAGUAUACAGAUACAUAUUCCUCCCAACCGACCACACACGCCACAUCAUACCACUCGGCCACCAAUUCCUACUCGGAUUCUAGCACGUUAAAUUCCCACUUCAGUCCAGCCCCUCUACAUAGUCCAAUAGCUCUUCACAGUCCCGCAACUCUUCAUAGCCCUGCUCCUCUACCUACUCCCGCACCUCCGAACGGCCACAGACGCACACCCGAAGAUGACAUGCACGAAAGUGACGAUGACGAGGAUGCGCUGGGUGAGACAGCGGAUGAGUCAACCGAGGUCUACACUGAUUCCGAACCCCCGCGAACUUCGCUUCCGUCUGUACAUUCUGUCCCCACGCCACCCCUAGAUUCCUCCAAGAAUGGACUCAAGAUUAAGAGAUGUUCCUGCAAGAAAGGCCGCGGUGAUAAAAAAGCCUGUCUCUUCUGUGCCUGUAGCAAGCACGGGCUCGGCUGUAGCGCGACCUGUGCGUGCGGUGACGCAUGCGGAAACCCCUUUGCAGACUUAACACAGUUUUUCGGUCCUCCCUCCGUGUUCCCUAAACCCUGCGGUGCCAACGCCUGCUUCGCAACCUGGCUCUUCCAGCAACCGAAUGUCGAGGAGCUGGAUAUAGAACUGAUGAUAGACAUUCUCCUGUAUGACGACACGUCCUGGGCGACCAUCCGGGAGCACGUAGAUGCGUUCAAGAAGUGGGAGGACAGCUGGAAGAAGGCUCGUGGCGGUAAGAGAAAGAAACCUCGCGAAGAGCGCGAGCGCCUCGAGUUCGAGCUCCUCCGCGGCGCCCUGGGCAACUGUAACCAGAACGACUUCCACGGCUUCUGGUAUAGCUUCUGCCAGGGUGGGUGGGUGGCUACCGAUCUCUGGGAUCACUGCCAAGAGUGCCGUAUGUGUAAGCCUAGCUCGGAAUGGCACUGUGACAAGCACAAUCGCUGCACGACGGAGCGUCUCUGCCCAGAUUGUGGUUCCGCGCAGUAUGCAAGCAUCCUACCCUCGUAUGCAGACCCUGGUAGUUAA